UCCAUCACUAUCCAUACACAAUCCAUACACUAUUCAUACGUGUCGUUAAGGUUCCUUCAAAACAAAGUAAAUUGUGUUCACAUUUAAAAUAAUAGACUCUAACUUCUUUUAUAUUUAUGUAAACCAGAAUAAGAAAUGUUUCGUUCAAAGAUACCAACUUUUUUACGAAAUACAAUAACCAACAAUUUACAUCAAGAUGGAUAUAUCAAUUUACUACCAUGUUUAAAAUUUGCAGCGCGAUAUUCAGAGUCUGCUUCUGAUAAAUUAUACAAGAAAUUAGAAAUUGAAGUCAGAGGAAAUGACCCUGCUGUUUUAAAAAGUUACGGAGAAUUUGCUGUUAUGGCAGCUAAAAAUCUAGGUAUUAUUAUUGGUAAAAAUGUUACAGGAGGAAAACCAAUUCACGAGAGGUUAUCAUUACUGAAAUCUGUUCAUGUUCAUAAAAAACAUUUUGUACAAUAUGAAAGGCGAACCUAUUAUAGGUAUGUUGAUUUCUUUAAAUUAACGGGUUCAACAGCAGAUACCUUCUUAGAAUAUAUACAGAGGAAUCUACCAGAAGGAGUGGCAAUGAAAGUUACAAAGCUUGAAUUGCAACCUUUACCUGAAUCAGUUGUACAAGCAUCUCAUUCAGCGUAAUGAAAUGAAGCAGUUUAUGUCAUUAUUGUUAUUGUACUAAAUAUUUAAAUAAAUUACAUACAAUU